AUGGACAUCAGUCUACGACACUUACUCGAUCGCUACCGAGAUGAGCACGAUUUACUGCAACAUGUCUUGAAGGCAAAACUUGAGGAGGACAAGAAAAUAGCAGCACAGGACACUUUAAAAAUCGAGCAAGCACGCAUUCAUUUACGAGAAUUAGACCUGGAGCUCAUGCGGGAACAUGGCAAAGCUACAAUUCGAUACUAUGACAAGCAACAUACAACGCCAGAAUAUAUAACACCAGCACCACCUCCAACGCACCUACCACCACCAUUGGGCAUGGGCAAUUCAGUAACGACGCAUGCAACAACUACCAAUACGCCUACACCAGCAGGGCCCCACACAACGCUUCCUCCUAUUUCAAGCUCACAAUACAACGGACUCGCACCAGUGCAACAGCAGGUGCUUGCACGGAUUACCAGUAGCUCGUCGUUUGGGCACACAGAAGCGUAUCCCCACUCAGCACAUCCACUAUGCCCGCCAUCGGAUCCGCACGCUUACCGGCGAAAUAAUCGAUUGUAUCCGAGCCAACAGCCAGCAACUCCAAUCUCGCCAGGAGGGGCGCUAAAUGGUGACGACAAGACGGUCAGAAAAAGAAGCCGUAAUUCAGUGAAUGAUUUGGGUGGUGGUGGCGGUGGAGAGAGUGGCAAUACUAGCAGCCUGACACAUGUCCAGGUUAUGGAGGCACUUAAAGCCAAAAUUCAACGUGGCACCAAUAACACGAACAGCAGCAACAGCAACGGCAGCAACAGCGCACAUGUCGAUUCACACAUCGAUCGUACCCAUAGCAAUGGCAACAGUAAUAGCGGAAACACUAGUAAGCGUGCUCGAACGACGGCAACGACAGCAGCACCCACGAUAAUCAAAACAGAAGUUGAUCGAGAUUGCAUUGUAUCUUCCACUCCUUCUCCUCGCUCUGCAAAACCUAUCCUACCACCUAUUGAUACCAGUGUCGGCCGUGUUAAAUCUUCGAUGCCUACCACUACUAAUACUGCUGUUACUCCAACCAACAACAAGUCCGGAAAUCACCAAGAGCAAUAUCAUUAUGAGAGCAACAACAACAGAUACCACACCAUUUCUCCAGCUGAGCAUGCGCUUCGAGAACAAUCAAGCAGUAAACGACUGGUCGAGAAGCAGGAUGGCAGCAGUGGUAAAAACACAGCAGCAACAGCAACUGGACCUAGUUCUUCGUCAUCGUCGUCAUCCUCAAGUGAACCAACGACUGCAUCUUCGUCAUCCUAG